AUGGCCCUGGUGCUGUUGAAAGUUUUACAGACUGCAGCAACUGCCUGCCGGCUGCUGAAUGACCGUGUAACCUUGGAGGGGCUAGAAGUCUCUGGCCUUCUCCAGUGCCUGAAAAGCCCUACUCCCCUAGAAAAGGAGCUGGAGACCCAGUGUUUCCGCAAGGAUUUCACAGGGUCACCCUCCCCAGGUCCAGGGUUGGUUUGUACAGAUUCACACUUGGCCCUGUGCUGUGUCUUGAACUCCCCUCUCUCCACAGUGCUUUGGAAAUUCAUCCAGGGCAGGAAGAGCAGCCGGAGGGGGGUGCUUCUGAUAGGCCUUUGCGACUCAGGGAAAACGCUGCUGUUUGUCCGCCUGUUAACGGGCAAUUACCGAAACACCCAGACCUCCAUAACUGACAGCUCUGCUGUUUACAAAGUCAGUAACGACAAGGGCUCCAGCGUGACGCUGAUUGACCUCCCAGGGCAUGAGAGCUUGCGGCUUCAGUUCUUGGAGAAGUUCAAAGCUGCGGCCAGAGCGAUCGUGUUCGUCGUGGACAGCGUGGCGUUCCAGCGGGAGGUGAAGGACGUGGCGGAGUUCCUGUACCAGGUCCUGACGGACUGCACCCUGCUGAGAAACGCGCCGCCACUGCUGAUCGCCUGCAACAAGCAAGAUGUCACAAUGGCGAAGUCGGCGAAGCUGAUUCAGCAGCAGCUGGAGAAAGAGCUGUAAGUGUGGGCGGCGUUCGUUGGGCGUCUCCGUUCCGCCGCCGGGAUCCCCCCUCGGACCCUCUCUUGUGCGUGCACGGCCGUUGCACGGUGCAGACCGGAGC